CUGUUCAAAGGUCGUAUAUAACCAAAGUGAGGCUAUCGGAUUGGUAUCACAACAGAUUUUACAGUUAAUCACCGCUACCUUCUGACCGACUGCUAUAAGCUUUUCUACUGAUAAACCAUCUGCCAUCACGCUACUGGCUCUGAAAUCUCGUUUCACACUCAGCCUCUCCACCUCUACCCUUUCGCCCUCUAUUUCUGACCGUCUCUUUCAACUUUUAAGCUACUUUUCUGUAUAGCCUUCGGCAUUUUUGGCGCCGUGCUGUUUGUUUGCAAGACUUUAAGUCUUCAGCUCGUAUCAAGCUUAUACCAUUUCGAAGUUAUGUCCCUUCGAACUGUAUCGGAGGAUACUGAUGAGUCAGUUGACCAGUCCGCCGUAUCUCUUCUGCGAAGGUCUUCGGAAAGUGAAGCAAAAUUUUCUCCGAACAAACGUCAAUAUAUAAGACGCGCCCUCGACACCGUUACCCUAUUUUGUCUCUUUUCUAUCUCAAUUGUCGUUAUCUACAGCACAUUCCAGUACCGGGAUAAACAACCAGUACUCAAGUCUCGAACAUUCACCUGCGGCAAUACAACCGCUGAUGCACAGCAAAAUAAUUGUAUUUAUGAUCCUCUGGCUGUCAGUUGGGUUCCUCGGGAAUGUCUUGACUCUACAUCUCUUCAAGAGUAUAACGACCAUGGCCCUUGGGAAUAUUUUCAGAACAAGAAUAGGUCCGGAAGAAUAGACCCAUUAGACCUUGGCUUCGAAAUGUACUAUACAACUAUUCGAGAGCACAUUGUACACUGUGCUAUAGUCUGGCAACGUUUGCAUAGGUUCACUACUGGUUCUCACCAAAAUCUUGUGAUUACAUCCUCGUUAAGCGAGUCAAAGUUGGAGCACACAGAACACUGCUCUCGUAUGUUGAUCAAAUGGGUUGACAACUUUAACUCCACUAAGCUCCACGAGCUGGAAACUCGAAACAACCCUGGCUUUCAAACAUGUUCGAUACAGGAGAUAUAAAUCAUUCAAAGAUGUUGUAAUUCUGAAUCUGUAUAGAUUACGAGCUAGUUAUCAAGAUAUGUCAUAGCACAAGGUUAUGAUUUGUGGUUAUUUUAUUGGGCUGCCGUCGUAUUUUUGA